UCACCACCAACAAAAAACAGAACAGACCAAAAGUGGGGAUUAGGUAGGAGAUACGAAAACCAAACAAAGACUCCCACCUCCCAUCUCUCUCUCUCUCUCUCUCAUCUCUACCCUCCCUCCUCCAUCCCAACAGCCACCAUGGCCACCUUAUCCCUCCACUCUCCACCAUCCAUCUCCUCCUCUCUCCACCACAAUGCCACCACCACCACCACCCGCCUUACCCUACGCUCCCCCUCUCUUAACCUACGCACUCGUUCCCACAAACCACUCUCCAUCAAGUCCCAAUCCUCCCCCCCUACUCUCACCCAAGACGACCUCAAGAAACUCGCCGCCGACAAGGCCGUGGAGUACGUCCGCAGCGGCAUGGUCCUCGGCCUCGGCACCGGCUCCACCGCCGCCUUCGUCGUCUCCAAGCUCGGCCAACUCCUCUCCUCCGGCCAAUUAACCGACAUCGUCGGCGUCCCCACCUCCAAACGCACCCAAGAACAAGCCGCCUCCCUCGGAAUCCCCCUCUCCGUGCUCGACGACCACCCCAAGCUCGACCUCGCCAUCGACGGCGCCGACGAGGUCGACCCCAAUCUCGACCUUGUCAAGGGUCGCGGCGGCGCUCUCCUCCGCGAGAAGAUGGUUGAGGCUGCUUCGGACAAGUUCGUGGUGGUGGUGGAUGACUCAAAAUUGGUGAGUGGUCUUGGUGGGAGUGGACUUGCAAUGCCUGUGGAGGUUGUUCAAUUUUGUUGGAAGUAUAAUUUGAUUAGGUUACAGGAGUUAUUUAAAGGGGAGGGUGUUGAUGCUAAGCUUAGAUUGGAUGGUGGGAAGCCUUAUGUGACUGAUAAUAUGAAUUAUAUUGUGGAUUUGUAUUUCAAGACUCCCAUUAAGGAUUCCGAGGCUGCCGGGAGAGAGAUUUCGGCUUUGGAAGGGGUUGUGGAACAUGGGUUGUUCUUGGAUAUGACCACGGCGGUGAUUAUUGCUGGCAAGGAUGGAGUGAGUGUGAAGUCCAAGUGAUGGAUUUGAAGAGUUGGGUUUUGGUGAGAAUUGAAAACAAACUCUAUUUUCCAAUUUUUGUGAUUCUAAUAUAUGAUUCCUGUUUACUUUUCAUUGCAAUUUUGAACUCCUCUGUUGUCAUCUUCUUGUUGUGUACUAGAUACUUUCUAUUUCAUUGCCAUGUUGAAUAUUAUCACUAGCAUUGCUUCUAUGCUUUUAUAGAACAUUGUGUUAUUAGUUGAAGAUUUUCCCUCCUUUUUGAGCCUGGGAUGUAACUUUUUGAUGUAACAUUUGGAUAUGUAAUUAGAACCUUUCUUUCUUUUGUGCUUUU